CGUCCCGAGGCCGUAAUUAGAGACCAAUAACCGGGAGGAAAGAACUGCCGCGGCUAUGGAAUAUUUGAUAGGUAUUCAGGGCAAUGACUUCGUACUUGUGGCUGCGGACACCGUGUGUGCCAACAGCAUCAUUCAGAUGAAGCACGAUAUGGACAAAAUGUUUAAAAUGAGUGAGAAGAUCCUGCUGUUGUGUGUAGGAGAGGCAGGUGACACAGUCCAGUUUGCAGAGUAUAUUCAAAAAAAUGUGCAGUUGUACAAAAUGAGGAAUGGUUAUGAAUUGUCUCCUACUGCAGCUGCAAACUUCACACGUAGAAAUCUGGCUGACUACCUUCGCAGCAGGACUCCUUACCAUGUCAAUCUUCUGCUUGCUGGCUAUGAUGAACAUGAUGGACCAUCAUUGUAUUACAUGGAUUACCUGUCCGCUCUAGCUAAAACACGUUUCGCUGCACAUGGCUACGGAGCUUACCUAACCCUCAGCAUUCUGGAUCGCUACUACAAACCAGACUUGACAAGAGAGGAUGCAGUAGAACUUCUAAAGAAAUGUAUAUCCGAGCUCCAGAAGCGCUUCAUCCUAAACCUGCCUUCAUUCACAGUGCGGGUCAUUGAUAAGGAUGGGAUCCAUGACUUGGACAGCAUUCCUGCUUCGAGCCUUUAACCUCACCUCGCCCUGAUUGGCCUCUGUUUUUUUUGUUUUUUUUAUAUAUUAAGGUUGAUUUGUACCACUGUAUGAAACUUGCACAAAUAAAUUACCCUGUGCAUUAGUAUGUGGGACUCAUGGGAAA